ACUUACUAGUCAAGUCUUUUUUGUUCUUCUUUCUAGAAUUGUAGAAUUUAAAUGGACCAUAAAUGCUUUCCGUGGAAAAUUCAAGUUGGAAAUUGGAUUUUCUGGAAAUUUUUAACUCCAUAUACUUGGUUGACUUGACUUGACUUGACCUCCUUGUCAAGUUCUUUUGAUGUUCUUUCUACACGCCGAAUUUCAUUCAUACAUAUGAAUGCUUUCUGUGGAAAAUUCAAGUUGGAAAUUUAAAUUGGAGUCUUCGAAGAAAUUUCCUAAUGCUUGAUGUGGUAGAAAACAUUUUUCUUUAACUUUAUAUAUUAGGUGUUGGUAGCAAUGAUCAGUACGCAACCAUGAAAGCAGUUACAAUUUCCUUGUUUGGGUUUCUUCUUGUCAUCGCAGCGGCUAUUAUUAGCUUUUGUGAUGGGAAUUCCAAAGUGCUUUGCAUUGGAAGUGAGGGGCAAGCCCUUUUGACGUUCAAGCAAGACCUCAUUGAUCGAUCAAACAGGCUAUCUUCUUGGGUUGAAGGUGAGGAUUGCUGUGAAUGGCAUGGUGUUUUCUGCAAUAGCCUGACUGGCCAUGUUAAAGAGCUGCAUUUGGGGCUUCUUUCAACUAGUCCUGAUGCUUAUGCACCGGCUGCUGAAUGGGAUGCUUACUUUCGAUCAAAGUUAGGAGGCAAAAUAAAUCCAUCUUUGGUCGAUUUGAAACAUCUCAGUUUCCUGGACUUAAGUAAUAAUGAAUUUGGAGGCCUGGCAAUUCCCGAAUUCAUUGGUUCGAUGAAGAGUUUGACGUAUCUUAACCUCUCUUGGGCAAAUUUCGUAGGAGCAAUUCCCCAUAAUCUUGGAAAUCUCUCAAAACUGCAUUAUCUUGAUCUUGGAAUCAAUUCCUUAUUUGAAGCUAAAACUCUUCAAUGGGUUUCUGGUCUUUCAUCUCUGCAGUAUCUUGGUUUGAGCCUUGCAAAUCUUAGUAAAGCAACUGAUUGGCUGCAGGCAACACACAAUCUUCCUUCUUUGGUGGAGUUACACUUGUCAGGAUGCUCUCUAAAUAAUGGUCCAUCUCCAAUCAGUGUUAAUUACACAUCUCUUGCUGUUCUUGAUCUUUCUCAAAACAUGUUGUCUUCGGUGACAUGGAUAUUCAAUCUUCGUAGUCUUGUGUCCAUUGAUCUUAGCUCUAGUGGAGUUGAAGGUAUGAUUCCCAGUGGCUUUCAAAACAUGUCUUCUCUCAAAUUUCUUGAUCUUAGUUGGAAUUCAUUCUCUUCAUCAUCAACACUCAACUGGUUGUCUGAUUUAAACCAACUUCAAUUCCUUAGUCUUAACAGUGUCGGCCUGCAAGGUAAUUUUUCAAGUGCCAUUGGAAACUUAAGCUCUCUUACUCAUCUUGAUUUUUCAAAUAACCAGCUUGAGAUUGAACCCAAAUAUUUGGAAAGUCUUUGCAAUAUGAGGGAGAUGGAUUUGUCAAAUAAUACAAUUAAUCAUGAGGUCUCAGAAAUCAUAGAGAGUUUGUCUAGAUGUAGUUUGGAUCGAUUAGAGUCAUUAAAUAUUGCAUUUAACAAACUUUCUGGCCAUUUACCUAAUCAACUUGGCCAAUUUAAAACUUUAGCAUACCUUUACCUUAACCGAAACUCCAUUUCUGGUCCCAUUCCAUUCUCAAUAGGGGAGUUGUCAUCAUUGAAAGUUCUUGAUAUUUCAUACAAUCGAUUGAAUGCAACUCUUCCUCAAAUUUUAGGACAACUUGGGAAUUUGGAACAUUUAGACGUUAGCAAUAAUAUGUUGGAAGGAAAUAUAUCAGAAACGCACUUUUCUAAUCUCACGAUAUUGAGAUCUUUUUGGGCAUCUAACAACAUGUUAACGUUUAUACCAAACCCAAGUUGGAUUCCUCCUUUCACUGUGAAAGUAUUGGACUAG